UCAGAGUGCGCAUCCCAGUAAAACACCGGUACCAAGUGCGCAGUCUCAACGGAACAAUCGCUGCUAACUUUCAACAGGAGGCAGACCGUCGCUAACUUGCCCUUCUAAAAGAAUUCAUUCCGUUAAAAAAUCCUGACCCGAACCGAGAAGGUGUCGUCAACAGGCUUUUCUGCAAACAAGCACGGACACACGCAGUUUAGCAUUAAACACCAACAACACAACGCCGGAAUGUUUAACCCACACCACCACCAUCAGCAGCAGCAGCAGCAACAACAACAACAGCAACAGUUUCACCGUCACCUGCGGCAGCUUCAGCAACUGUUCCAGCAGCCCCCUCCACCGCCGCCGCCUGCGCCACCACAACCGCCUCCAUCGCACCAUGCACCCAGGCAUCAUCAUCAUCACCACCAAGGAGGACGGGCCAUGGCUGUACCAGGCCCUGCUCCUCCACCUCCCCGUGUGGUCAACAUGGCCACUCGGGCCUCCAUCAUGGCCCCCAACCCAAUGUUACAAGGGGCUAUAAUGAUGCAGCAGAUGCAAGGUAGCAUGCAGGGCUUUGCAGCGGUGAGUGGGCAGCAGUUCACCCAGUUCUUUGCUGCAGGGGCCCGGUCCUCUCUCAUGGGCCCUGUACCCAUGGGCAUGUCCAUCAAGAACCCCCACAUGGGCUUCCCUGCCCGACACUACCACCCCCACUCCCGCUACUACAACAACAACAACAACAACGACUACGGGUCACGGCAGCCGGAUCGGAAGAGGGAAAAUGAGCAGAGAGCCUUGGGGAGCACAUUUAGCCGACCUGCAGCCGGCAGGACAGCAGGGGAAACCAAUGAUAAGGCUCUGAAAGAUGGAGGAGUGGGAGGGCCAGGUGGACGGGCACAGCCUUCAGUGCAACCGGAGCCUGAGGAGCCAGCUUUGAAGAAGCAGAGGACAGAGGUGUUAGAGGAGACUGUGGAGCAGCCUCCUGAGACAGGCGGGGUCCUGGGUGCAGCAGAGUAUCAAAGCGCACCGGUUGACUGCCAGCCUGGAGACUGUGUCAUUCUGGAGGAGGGUGGGAGCAUAGCUGAACCAGUGACUGCAGAGGCAAUGGAGGAGAGCAGAGCAGCCGAGGUUCAGAGUGGAGUGUCGGCCAUGCCAGCCUCUGAGCAGCUGAGUGGUGAGAGCCAGGCAUUCACUCCAGGCCUGGAGGACAUGGCAGAGGGCAAGGCUGCCCCAGGGGCAUUGGAAAGGGGGCAGGAAGAGGGCAAGGAGGGGGGUGAUGCUGCCAACAAGUUCUAUUGCUACAUCUGCACUCUGGCCUGUCACAACCAGCAGGACUUCCAGAGCCACAUGAACGGCCUGGUCCACCAGCAGAGGAUGAUGGAGAUCCAACACAUGUCCAGCGCCUGUCUGGUCACCCUGAUGCCCCGCGUCCAGGAUUCACUGCAGGGAGGCUGCGGAGACAGCUCCUCCUUCAAGGAUGGGUCAGUACUAGUGCACGUUGGUGAGAGAGAGAAGAAACCCGGCCCACAGCUUUGGUGUGCUACCUGCAAAAUCCACUACACCAGUACAGUCUUGGUGCACCGCAGGACCAGGGAGCACAAGCUGGCCAGCCGCACCUCCAAUCCUUCCUGUACCGUCUGCAAGAGGCACUUCAGGAGCCCACUCCUGUUCCUGGAGCACAUGCAGUCCCAGGGGCACAAGCAGAGAGUUGACGAGCUUCGGGAGGAGGGGGGGCCAAAGGCCUUGGCUGAACUGGUUGCCAUGGAUGCACAAGGCUGCUUUGUAGACGAUGGAGACGAGGAGGAGGAGGCAUGUGAGGAGGAAGAGGGGGACGAAGAGGAAAUGGAAGAUGGCGGCGAAGGCAGCUCCCAUGGGAAGGACGUCUGGCCAACCCAGAUGGAGGUGGCGCUACUAGAGGAUGUAGAUGAAGAGGAGGAGUUUGACCCUGACACGGUGUACGGUUCUAGCUUUGUGGUUCCUGUGGCUGGGUUCCUCUGUAGACUCUGCCAGCAGUUCUACCAUUUUGAGUCCUCAGCCCGCCACUUGCACUGCAAGUCACUCAAACACUUUGAGAACCUCAAGAAGUACAGGGCCUUGCGUAGCCAGAAGGAUGGGACAGUGGAACCUACUCCCAUAGACGGUACGGACGGCGAUUCAGAGUGUGAUAGUAACCACACUGUCUCAGAUUCAAACAGCCUGCCUUCAGAGCUCCUCAGCAGCCCUGCCUUACUGCAGCCCACCAUCUCCAUCACCAGACUGAAGCCCUCCAGACCCUGCCCUGAACCCCAGAACAACACUUCCUCAGCUUCAUCCCUGAAGGACCUCACCACCACCAGCAGCUCUGUGGGGACUCCGGCUCAAGCCUCCCCAGAGAAGCAGAGCCCAGUAAACCCUGAGGACAAGGAGGAAGAGCCAACCCCAGAACAAGCACCAGUCACAGAGGAAGAGCCAAGCCCAGAACUAGCGCCAGUCGCAGAGGAGGAGCCAGCGCCAGUCGCAGAGGAGGAGCCAGCGCCAGUCGCAGAGGAGGAGCCAGCGCCAGUCGCAGAGGAGGAGCCAGCGCCAGUCGCAGAGGAGGAGCCAGCGCCAGUCGCAGAGGAGGAGCCAGCGCCAGUCGCAGAGGAGGAGCCAGCGCCAGUCGCAGAGGAGGAGCCAGCGCCAGUCGCAGAGGAGGAGCCAGCGCCAGUCGCAGAGGAGGAGCCAGCGCCAGUCGCAGAGGAGGAGCCAGUCAUGGGAGAAGAAGAAGAGGCAAAGGCAGCUGCUCCAGAAGAGAAGACGGGCAAAGGGAAAGCAAAGGCCCCAUCCAAAAGGAAGUCCGGGAGGACAACACGGAGACGUUGAAGAAGAGAAAGCAGGAGAAAGAAAGGGGAGCGGAAGAAAGAAAUAAUAUCCAGUACAAUCGCUACCCUAGGACAGGGUACAUUAGCUCAAUAGACCUGGCAACUCAAAACCGGUGAUCCUCUAACCUAUAUUUGUAGGUGUUUAGGUGUUUCAUUUUUUAAAAUAACACAACUAGAUAGAAAUGACUAAUGUGCAUUCAGUGGAACCUGACUGAAGAGAAUUAUGCGGAAACAAAUUGUGGAUGUGUGUGUUGCUGUCAUAGUGUGGAAAGGGUCAAAUGAAAAUGAAGCUAUGUUUUUAGUUUAUACAUGUCGUUCUAGUUAGCUAAAUGUCUAACUCAACACAUUGUUGCCAGGUUUAGGAAGGGAGUGGUGUUUUAGUCCAGGAACCGAGUGAAUCAUUAUAGCAGGCGACUUAUCUGAAAAUAUUUGUGAUGGGGGUGGGAAUUUAAAAAGUAAAUGGUACUGUUUGAAUGUCGAGUAACUAUGAACCUUGAUUUGAUCCUAGCUUUGUUGAAGUGCUAUUGUCCUUGACAUUUUUUUACACAUUCUCUGAACUGUUCUGGAGAUUUCUUUGGAUGUUAGCAGGUGAGGGGAUUGGUUAGAGGGGGGUUUUGAAAGGGGGAAAGUCUUAACUGCGUGGUCUAUUUAGCUCAGAUACACCCUGAGCUGCUGCUUUCCCCUCACUAUACUGCUAAAUACAUUUUGAAUUGACUUAUUUAGCUCUUUAACCCCUUGAUUGCUGAAACUGCCUACAUCCCACUGGUUUCGCUCCCAAUUUGCACCUGAACCUCCAUAAGGCUGUGCGAUAAGCUCAUGGUUUUGACAAGACUAAAUUAUAGAUAAUGACAGGACUAAAUUAUAGAUGUUCCUGCAAUGUUAGGAAGCAGAGCAUGAUUUUAGUGUGCUUUGAAUAUGGCUGUUCUUAACUCAUAAUGUUCUAUUAUAACAGUUGUCUAUUCUAACAUAACUUGACAACUCCUGAGACCAUAAAACGAUCAUUUUAGAUGUGGCUGGAAGAGGGAGAACACAUUGGCCUAGAAUAGAGCCUCUUUGCCAGAGUUUGUUCUCAAGAGACAACCAGUUUUAUGCGAAGUUCAGUGCGCACUCUUUUUUUUUUCCCCCUCACAGUUGGAGGCAUUAGGCCUACCUAUUGCCAGCUAAUACAAUGAGGGAUUUCCAAACCCUGUCACCCCAUUUUAAUGUUAAUAUUUUAAAGAUUCCUGAACUGAAAGCAAUGUUGCAUUAACAAGCUUAUGCAUCACAAACAUGACAUUGUAAAAGAGUUGUAGUUUUGUGCUGGUUUUCCAUCCUUUUUUUAAACAUUGAGUUAGUACUUUUUUUCUCACACACCUUGUACACUGGACUAGUAAGAGUCAUUUUUUUUGUUUAAGUGUCUGUACAAGUGACAUUGCAUGACAGUUGUGACUGUUCACAUUGGUAACAUUAAUAUCAAGGUUAUCAACAAUAUUGAAGUGGUAUGGAUGGACUUGGAGUUUUUCAUAACAAUGAGACCUGACUUGGAGAAACAAAGGCUGCGUUUAGUCAGGCAGCCCAAUACUGAUCUUUUUUCACUAAGGCCGUGUCCACAAUUGACAAUCGCAUGCAAAUUCUGUUAUGAGAAUAUGAAGAUGCAUUGAAAUGACAGGUCUAGAUGAACAAAAGUCGCAUUGUGGUUGGAAUUGUUGAGAUCUGGCUGACUGCCUCAGGUGCUGGUCAGACUCAUUGUGUGGAUUUCUGUCUUUUUGCAAUCAGGUUACCAAAAGUGAAUACAGUGGGCAAUGUCACAGCACUCCGCCCACAAAUCUUCAGAAAAUGUAUGUUUUGGCAGCAAGAGACACCUUUUUUCAUUAAAUGUUGAUUAACUGGACAAAAUGUAUUCCUAGCGUGAGGAAUGUGUUUGCUGGCUUCAUAAAUGUUAGCCCACCAGCUUAUUUGGAGAAACUAUUUUUUGUUUGGAGUUAUAACCUGUUUGCAAUCCCUUUUAGCUUUGCUUGCUGGCUAACUAGCUACUGCCAUCAAGUUGUCAGAUUUAGCCUGUUCCAGCGUUUGAA